AUCUAUCUGAUUUUUAUUUCAGUGGGCUUAAAUGCCUUUGCAAGACAAAUUAGCCGGAUGCCUAAGGGCAUGCGUGUUGACAAUGUAAAAUGGCGGCUUUCCCUUAUCGCUCAGGCCCGGGCCGGAGUUUUCGUGGCAGAAGUUACAGAAGUCGGUAUGAACAAGAAGAAAGCGUACCGCUGGAUUUGGAUCGCGCACCCGAGAAGAACAUUAAAGAUAUUUUAACCAGCUUGGUGCUUCGUGAAGGUGUAUCCAAAGGAAGAAAACUGGGACACCUGAAUAAUCUGGUCCGCCUCUGUGUCAAACUUGGUGCUAACCCACAGUGGAGUUAUUCUAAAGAAGAAGUGUUAACAUGUCUCAGGCUGGGCCUGUUGCAUGAAGCCAAAGAAGUUAGAGCAGCUUGCCUGAGGGCCCUAAGAUACUUGAUCCAUGACAAAGAAACUCUUGAUGCAAUGCUGAAACUGCAUAUAGAUUAUUUAGUGGCAAGAUCCCUUGAUAUUUGCUUAGACAACCAGAUUGAAAGGGUGCAUGCACUACGCCUCAUAAGGAAAAUGGUUCAGAUCAGUGCUGAGCGUUUCCCCCCAUCCCUAGUCAGUGUCAUGUUAAGUAUCUGCAAUGAUGGUGCUCAAGAACACGAUGAAACACAAAGGGCUUGUCUGGCUACUAUUAGUGAACUUGCAAUUUUAAAUCCAAGGUUAGUGUCAGAUUGUGGUGGAAUAAGCACCAUACUACGCAAUGUCCUGGACUGUCAUCAUCUCCCACGAGUCAAUGAAUCACUCCUAGCAACAGUAUUGUAUCUGCUUAACCAUCCAAGAACAAGGCACUAUAUCAAAACCGAUAUAGAUUUAGAGCAAAUUCUGGCACCAUUUACUGACUGCCAUUUUAGAUAUGGCACAGAAUGUUCUGAUCAGAGUUCAAGAAUCCAAGGAAAAGCCAAAAAAUUAAAUAAAGAGAAGAGUGAUGAAAGAGACAAAAGAUUUGAAGCCAGUAAGAUGGCAAUAGCUACUAUCAUGCGUUCUUGGCCAGGGUUAAUUCGGUUGUGCAAUCCAGAUGGAUCAGGGUUACAGUCAUUGAUUGGAGUUUUAUAUUUACCUAAAAAGAAAAUUAGGCUUGGAAUACUGGACAUUUUAUUUGAUGUCUUUCAAUUAACAGUUCCUGCUUGGACUGAAUGUUUUGUAGAUGCAUUGCUCAGUGUUGAUCCCUCAGAGAUGAGAGACUCCUGGAAGCUAACAGAAGGCUUUGUAGCAAAAGAAGGGAGAGCUGUUUUACAACACACUUCUAAAAUUAGAACAAAUCUAGUGGAGUGUCAUAUGGCAGUUAUUCUGUCAGCUUUAAUCAGUGCAGGAGUAUUAGAGGCUAUAGUAGAAGUGAUCACUACUAGCGAAAGAAAAAUCUCAGUCAGGGCCACAAUACUACUGGGAGAAUUACUCCAUUUGGCCAACACCCUGCUACCUUAUGAGUGUAGUGAAUAUAGCCACUGCCUGCCCACUCUCAUAUCACUUGCUGCAUCUUUCAAAGUAUCUGCUAAAGAAAGACAGCAAGCCAGUAUGGCUGUGAAUUGUUUGGAUAGAUUCCAUGCCAUGAAGAAGCGUGGUCCAGUGCCCUGUAGUUUGUACUUAGAUCAACUAGUCCAGCACACAGUGGGGGCCCCAGAUGACAGCAACAGACCUCUCAGACUCAACAAGGAGAAGCUUAUGCAGUAUUUAUCUAAGGAUACGGAGGAUACAAUUAGUCAAGGCAUCAGAGACAGCUGUGUGCUGGCAACUAAAGACAACUUUUCAUGGAACUGGGAUCUCAUAGGAGCCAUUCUCAAGUGGCCAGAUGAAGCACUGAAGAAAUUAGAUGACCAGACCAACCUCAGGUAUGUGCUUCCUCCUCAGGAUUUUCCAAAUAUGGAUUAUUCACAGUUUGAUGGCUUUCUCCAAAAGCUGUCCUUGAAAGAAUCAAAGAAACACGUUGGAAAAUACAGAUUCAUUAGAAGAAUUGUGUACUUUUUCAAACCUACCACCAAACUGUUCUCAAAUAUAGAGGUCACUGCUCCAGAAGCAAAGAAAUAUUCUGUCAUAGGCUGCCAUCUGGUGGACUUUCUGCUGGACUGUGAUGAGACUGAGGGCAACAAAUUGCUAGAGGAGUGGCUGGAGGACAUUGCCAGAUGUUUGUCACAGAUACGUGCCGAGAAAGCCCCUCCAGAGGCUCUGUUCAGUCCAUCACGUAUGGCCAACACUCUUUCCCAUGACUACUUCCUUUUCAUUGGCAGACUUUCCUAUACAUUGCGUGGUGAAAAAGCUUUGGAAAAAACUGGAAUACUCAGCUGUUUACUUGACUUGGUGACAGUGACCAGCCAUGACGUGUACAUCAAACUUGUAGUGUCAAGCCUAGAUUACUCAAGAGAUGGGAUGGCCAGGAUAAUUCUGUCCAAAGCCCUAACAGCAACCUCGGAUAAUGCCAGAUAUUACACAGCCUCCUUCAUGCGUGUGUUGUUACGUGCUAAGAUCCCAUUCUUCAGCACCUGGGGCACUGACAUGCUGGUCACACAGAUGUAUGACCAGGACAAGAAGGUGGCCCUGGAGGCACUCAGUGUAUUGGAUGAGGCUUGUGAAGAUGAGGUUAAUCUUUUGGCAUUGAUCAAAAUGCGACCAUCCUUUCUACACAUGGGUGAGAAAGGCUCACUUCUGUUAGCCAGAUUCCUGUCACAACCCAGUGGUUUAAAGUUUCUUAUAGAUGCCAACUUCUUGGACCAUGAACUACAAAAGUGGCACAAGACUUUUAACAUGCGAUAUGUCCACAUUGUUGAAGACCACCUGAACCAAGCCCUCACAACAUAUGAAAAGAAUUAUGAUGGAUCAUAUACAAGGAGAUCGUCUAGACGGAAAAUCAAGAAGGAUGUGUAUGUUCCAAUCCAUCUAUAUGGGCAACUAGUUCAGCAUAAAGAAGGUUAUGAACUUAUUGAAAAACAGGAUUAUCUGCAAGAAUAUGUAGACAGCAUAAAGUAUCAGGAGUUGAGAACAGAUGAAGAUGUUCUGAAAUUAAAAGCAGCAAUGUGGGCAGUGGGCCAGAUAGGCUCCUCUGCCUGGGGCCUGCAGAUGCUGGAGAGGGAGAAUCUGGUGCCAGAGUUGAUUAAGCUAGCUGAGGAGUGUGGGGUGUUCUCAGUGAGGGGCACUGCUUAUUAUGUGUUGUGUUUGGUGGCUAGUUCAAGGGCAGGAUCUGACCUGCUCCACGAGUAUGGCUGGGAGUCCGUCCGCCACAACCGCCAUGACCUGUGGCCAGUGAUAGAAGAGGAGGAUGCGCUGGCAUCAGACACUGUGGGGGAGGAGACCUCAGAUGCAAUAUCAUACACCAGCAGUAUCAGUCAAUUUAGUGAGGAGAGAGAGCAUCCCAAAACACCUUCUAAUCUACAGCAGGUGCUGGAAACACGGGAAGAAUCCCAGGAAAGAGAUGUUAUAGAAAUAGCAGUACCCCCACCAAGACCCAAGUCGCACAGUGAAGGAUCAAUGCGACCAGAGGUGGAGAAACCCAGGAGUGGCACCUGCCACAGUGAUCAAGGAGUUACUGCUAGAGUGAAUGGGAACGUGACACUUGAGGAUGGCAAAGAAAAAGAUACUGGUAGCGUUUUCUCUACUAUGGAACCAGGUCAGCAGUCAGUUAACCAGUCUUUAACUAUUUCACACGGGAGGAGUGCAUCAGAUUCUUCAGACCAGGAGAGUAAACAGAGGGUGGCUAAGUUUGAGAUUGGUCCCUCACCAGUCACUCAGAUUUCUCCCUUGAGGCGAGCACAAACUCUUCAGGAACAUGCAAGGCAGAGACUACGCAACCGCAUGAUUUCUAAAAUUCGCAGUUCUAGUCUGGCAAGCACAGAGAGGUCCAAGUCUCUGGAUGUGUCACCCUCUGGGAGGUCACACAGUUCUAGUCUAAGGGAUGAGAGGAGCUACAGCAAUGAUAGUACUCAGUCCCAGGCCAGUAAGAGUAGAUCGGACAGUUUUAAUACUGACACUACUACGAGUGGAGUGGAGUCUUUUGAUUCGGGUCACAAAGUGACGCUCCUUGACUCCCUACGCCAUGAUCUAAGUCCUAUAGCAAGUGAGUCCUCCAUGAACAACAAAUUCAUUGACGUUGAGAAAAAUAUUCAUCCUUCAGAUAUGUACCGCAAACAGUUCAAUUUGCGCAGGACACCUAGUCUUCAGCGUAGGUUUAAGAGUCCUGUUAUGCAAACAAUCAGAACAGUAGAUGGGAAGAUUGAAGCCCAAGAUCCCAACGCAAUUUAUACGACUAGUCGCAAUGCUCAGGGUUACCUGGCACUUAGAACUUUACAGAGACAGAGGACUCUCAGUUCCGGAGAAGACUCUGAUGUGAUAAGCCUCGGAGCUUCAUCUCUGGUAGAGCCGGAGCCAGGACUGCCAUUAUCGUUGAGUCUAGAUUUCAGAAGCUUACCGCAAUCAAGAUAUCAGAGUUUUAUAUCUUUGCAAAAUGUUCCUAGUCCGACCAAUUCCUUGCCAAGACCUUUGUCUAGGAGACCUUCAAAUUCUUCUGGGAAGAUGUCUGUGACUGGGGCAGCACAGUUUAUAGGGCUUUGUCUUCCUGUAGAUAUCAGCAUGAUAUUUCAGGUGUCAGAAGGUGAAGACCAAAGGUCUCAAACCUACACAUUUACCAGCACCACUACAGAUUCCACUGGGGAAACCUACUCAUCAGUGGACUGGAAUUCAGAUUCAGGCACUCAUUCCCGUAGUGCAUCCCAGGUGUCCCAUGUAGCACAAAUGGAUGGCUUAGAGCACCAUAGCAUGGAGUCUUGUUUUGGCUGCUACAGGGUCAGGAAGCCAGUGGAACAGAAGAUAACAGUCUGUGUAGUGGAAGUGACCAGUGAAGAAUGUGAGGAUGAGGCAGGUGAAAUAGAGGGGGCUGAUGACUCUCAGUUAUCUGUUGGUGGUACCACCUUGCUGCGCCUUCCUUCCAAAGAUGGCAGCUACACAGAUGGUACCACAGUGGGCAGUGUCAGCAGUGAUGCAGGAAGUGAAAUAGCUGGUCCCAGGCUCUCUGAAGACAGUGUCUCUGGUCGGUCCAUGAUUCGGCAGGAAAUACUCAAGUUUAUCAUAAACCUAAGUAGCUCUGUUGGAGUGAAAGCAUCAGAACAGAACCUACUUAACCUGAAGCAAAAAUUCCCCAAUGCAUUCCAAGAUCUGUGUUUGUACUCUGAGGUGUGCUACCUGUUGGGCCACUAUAACUUCCGCCUGCCGUCCAGGAGAUUUAUCCAAGAGUUAUUCCAAGACAUGACAUUUGACAAGAUGUUUGAAGAACCCCAGGUCAUUUUGAACUUGAACGAAGAUGUGAAACCAGUUAUUCCUAGCACAGUUGAAGUGGAAGAACAGUGAUCUCAAAGGAGAGGGUAGGAAAUUAUCAGUUACAAGAUCAGCUGUGGCCAUAUUUUAAAGUUAAAGCUGGAAUAGUAGGAGGCAGACCAAACACUGAAUUUCCUUGAAACCAGGAAAGAACGGAAAGAACUGAAUCCAAAGUGGUUGGAGAAAAUGUCCUCCACAAUUAUAAGAGAGAUUAUGAAAAAGUUUGAGAUUUAUUUAGAACAUUGUAGAAUUGAUAGACACAGAAUACAGCAAAGCAACCAUUUACGUGGAUUGCAUGUACAUUACUGAAUAAGGAAGAUGAUGGGUGGUGUUGAACUCAAAUGGGAGCAAUUAAAUACAUUGACCAGCAAGAAUUUGCUUUGUCACCUUGAAUGUAACAGUCAGCAAUCAAAUUAAUGUAGCCAGUGGUCAUUCAUUUGAACACAACGAUAUAAAAGGUCAGAUGAAUAGUUAGAUUGACAAAGAUAUCAAAUAUGCUGACCAAAAUCAUUUGUAAGCUGUUAUGUUAUCGCUAUGCAGCAGUGAGACUGAAUUCAAAUAAUGCAGAAUUUGAAGUUGAAUAAUCAGUAAAUGAAGAGGCUCAAGAAGACAUGUUUACCUGUGAUAUUUUUAACUUACAUGAUGUUCAGUGUCCUUCAUGUUGUUGUAUUAUUUAGAUGAGUAGAUUUAAUCUGGACCCCAGUAUGCACACAAUUUGGCACAUUUAGUGCCGCAUUUCAAGAUUCAAGUACUUCUCUGUGAUGGGAAUAUAUACAGGAGUGGAUUGAGGCGGUCUUCUGGGUCUUCCGAAAGACAGUCAGAUUUUCAAGUUUACAUUGACCGGUAUCUUUUUUUUUCUGUUGGAAGACGGUCAAAAAUGGAGGAUGGAUCAACGAAGAUGGUUUGGAAGACAGUCAGAAGAUAGCUCUGGAUCCAUCCCUGAUAUUUAUUUAUAGCCCUAGUGUAGUUCACUGUGGCUGCAAGAUAGUAUAUGCUGUGAUUCUGAGAAGUAAUACACAGGACAUAUUGUUACUGAUCAUAGCUUUCUUUUUGUAUUAGUGAUUUCAGCUACAUUAAGCAGAUGUGAUAAACUAACACCAAUACUGGUCACCUCUCCCCCCACCCCAACUCUAGAUGUUUAUGAGACAUUGAUUAUCUGAAAUAUACAAAAUGUGAGCUUUUUUUGUUUGGAUGAGAACAGUAAGCUGUUGCCAAUCCAAGUCCUGUUUUAUGUGGAAUAGUAGAAUGCUCAUUGUUGUGACAAAAUAAUUGUGCCAAAGCAAUAAAAUUAAAUUGUAAAUUCUUCCUAUCUUCAGUCCUUUAAUAUUAGCCAACAAGAGUAAAAUGUUCAAAGCCACAGUUACUGUGAUUAAUUAAAUGAUUUUUAAUAACAAGUGAAUCCCCCCCACACAAAAAUAAUUAAACUAGAUGGUUAUAAAUAGUUCAUCAUUGAUAUGUAGAUGUGUACUUACACAUAUUUGUUGCUACUCAGUUAUGCUGGUGAUAAUCCAUAUGGUGUUUAUUAAACAGCAAAAUUUUUUGUACAUGGGAGUUUUGGGCAAACUAAUUCCCUCAAAGUAGUUGCCCCAUAUUACAACAUUAGAUUUUUUUUUUACUCAUUCCAAAACCGAAAAGUACACCAAAAAACUAACUCACCAGUAAAUCUGAUGAUUUUGUUCAAAAGUUGAAUAAACUACUAUUAAAAGAUAAAUUUUGUUUGAAAGUUGAAUAACUACUAUCAAAAGAUAAUAAUGUUUGUAGCAUCUUACCAUUGAAUUUCAUGAUGUUUUUCACACUUGUCAAUGUUAGGACUUGAUUUUAUCCUUGCCAAAAUUGAUUAUCCGCAAUUCUCGUAAAACGAGCUUUAGUACAUAGACACAGGGUCAGUUGAGACUUGUGCUAUAUUGUUAUUAAUUUGAAGGACAGACUGUACACUUUGCCUUUUUAAGUAAAAAAUAUAUCUGGGUGUUUUAAUUAUUUGUUAUUUUAUUGAACAUCGAUUCUCGAGCAUUAAGUAAAAAGCUAACUUGAUAAAAAUGUCUUAUAACGGCAGUGUUUGCUUGUAUAAGUGAAUUAAGUUGAUGAAAUAGGCAAUCAGUAAAGCUAAUAAAUUGUCAAUUUUAUUGAAAUGAA